ACAAUCUACUUCUUUCUUCUUCUUCUUUUAUUUUUUAUUUUUUUUGUUUGAUUUUACUUCUACUGUUUUUGUCCUCAUCUGUACUGUUUGAUUUCGAUUUCGCCUUCUGGUGUUUGUGUUUUUUUUUCCCGUUCUUUUUGCUGCUAUGAUUGUGAGGAUCGCUGAAUUCUUCAAAAUCUGCCAUUUUCAGCUGAAUUUUCUCGAUUGUUUUCCUGGGUUUCCUAGGUUUCUGUUCACUUUGGUUGAUUUUGAUUUUGGGUUUUGCUUCUCUUUUUGGUUCUUCGCUUACGCGCUCAUUUUGAUAUAGUUGUCGUUCGGAUUACGUUUGAGGAUAGGCUGUGUUGGCGAAAGAAGACAACUUGGUUCUAUUAUUGGCUCAGCAGAAGUUGUUCCAGAAGGAUCUUUAGGAAAACUAGAGAGAAAAUCUCAGGAAACUUUGAAUGUUAUUGCUGAAUUAUACCCAUAGAACUCAACACAAAACCCCUGAUUCCGUUUUACGAGCCUAUUUGAUUUUUGUUUCUCUUGUGCUCAACGUUAUCUCGAUUUUUUGGUAGGGUUUUUCCGACUUUCUGAGUUGGAAUUCCAUUUUUAGAAGAAUGUGAAGUUUUGAUUUUGUUUCCCUGCUUGAUUCGUUUACGUCUUCACCAUAUUGGCAAAAAGGCCGCUUUGUGAAAGUAAUAAGGGUUUUCUUUAGGAUUUGUUCACGUUUUCCCUGCUUGACUUUGUGUUUUGUCUGUCUACUUGAUUGUCUUUUACGAUCCGAUUUCAUAUCGUUUUUAAUUUGAUUAGAGGCAAGGAGUAGGUUAGUCUGAUGGUUCAGCAAGCUUCUUGAUUUUGUUCAGCCUGGAUCGAUUGUGUUAAGCUCUGAAUUCUAUGGAUCCAAUGAUUUUGCUGACCAUUGCAUUUCUCUGUUCCAUUUGAUUUUCACUCCGAGGGUUAAGUUUCACAGUUAGUCUCUCUUGAUUUAUUGAGUUAAUUGUCUUUAAUUCCUUCUUGCUUUUUGAGUUUCAGACUUGAAGUUUGCAAUUUGCUUAUGAUUGUUGUCUCUGUUUUGCAACAUUUGCUGCUGGAUUGAUCUCCAGAAGGUUCUGUUGCGUCCGAUGUGCUCGAUCCGAGGUUGCUAUUGUCCUAGGUACAGUGCAAAUGCCAUGUUUAGAAAUGAAGAGCAAAAUAAGCAAGGGAUCUUCAAGAGAAAAAAGGGUUCUUGGUGUUUGUAAGAAACCUAACGUGAUAUCGAGAAAUUCAUCCUCUGAGUGCGAUACCGUGGUGAAACCAGAAGAUUCAGCCACGGCAACUCAUACUUUGCAUGGUGGUGAACAACAUGAUUCUGUCUCUUCAGGUUUGGAUACCCCUGCCCGGGAUUUCGAAACCAAUGAACCAGUAGAUAUGCUCGUCGAAAACAGAUCUCAGUCUCAGGCAUUUGCGUCCCCUUUUGAUGGUUCCAGAUCUGCAGAAAAAAUGGAAAUCACUUGUAAUUAUAAUUCAAACUCGGAGACAAUAUUUUCGCCUGUUCUGAAUGAUGAACUGGAUGCUCAAACUGAUCCUGGAAACAUUGCGCAGUGGGAGUUGGCCGGGUGGGGAGCUGAUGAGAGCGGCAACAAAAUUUCCUUAGACAAUCAAGCUUGCAAUGUUUCGGAUUUCUUUAUUUCUGAUGUGCUUAUUGCAAGCUUACCGUUCAAUGAGAAUGGAGCUGAUGACGUUUUCGCCGAGAUAAGCCCUUUGCCUCAUUAUAUGUUUCCAGAGCCAAGUGUUUUGCUUGAUGUAGCUGAGCAGUACAUGCUAUUACCUUACCUAGAAGAUGGAUCAACAAGCACAGAUGAUAUCAAGUCAGAUGAAGAAGACAGCAGGAUUAAUGUUGAUAACCAUGACUUAUUUCUGGAAAACAAUUGGAGAAGUUCCCACAAUGCGGAAUCGGAGGUUCAUGCUGAAGCUGAGCAAGCUGAAGAGUUUGACCCGCAACUUUUUAUAAAAAAUCAGCCGGAACUAUCCAAUGUUGUAUCGAAUUAUUGGCCUGAUCUGCAGCCAAGGGAUAUCCAAAGAAGGAAGGUUGUGACCCUUGUUCUUGAUUUAGAUGAAACCCUGGUCCAUUCCUCUCUGGAACCCUGCAACGAUGCAGACUUUACCUUCAGAGUCUUUUUCAAUAUGCAAGAGAACACAGUAUAUGUGAAACAGAGGCCUCACCUUUACAGGUUCUUGGAGAGGGUGGUAGAAUUGUUUCAUGUUGUUAUCUUCACGGCAAGCCACAGCACCUAUGCCUCACAGCUUCUAGAUAUAUUGGACCCCGAUGGAAAGUUCAUAUCUCAACGUUUUUAUCGUGACUCAUGCAUUCUUUCAGAUGGAAUUUACACCAAGGAUUUAACUGUUUUGGGUCUUGAUCUCGCAAAAGUUGCUAUUGUCGAUAACUGUCCGCAGGUAUACAGAUUGCAAAUAAACAAUGGGAUACCUAUCAAAAGUUGGUAUGAUGAUCCAACUGAUGAUGGCCUAAUUUCUUUACUUUCCUUCUUAGAGACUUUGGCUGAUGCCGAUGAUGUCCGGCCUAUCAUUGCCAGGAGAUUCGGUAACAAGGAAUAAGAAAUCCCUUCUGUCUCCUCUAUACCUUUCCUUGAGUGCAGAUUCUGAAUUUUUAAUUUUUAUUUUCUCAGUAGCUCAUUAAUUACUUAACCGUAGAAUAAUCUCAGUGAUUGUAGAGUAAGUAAGCUCUUCUUGGUUACUUUUUUUAGAACCUUCUGUAUAGAAAACCCUAGUGUGUCUUUAUCCUAUUCUAUUGCUUGGUUCUCCUCUGCCAAGAAGAUAGAUUCUAGGAACGUUGUUCUAAAUGUACAGUUUCUGAAGCUUAGAUACUGGAUUUGUAUAUAUGAACUGUUUUGGUGUGAAAUCAAUUUUUGCAUAUUCAGA